CUUGGCGCGCGUCCGCACCACCGUCUCACUCUCUCCUCCCUAAACCUCUCAGCCUCGCGUACCUAAGGGUUUAUCACAUUCAAUUUCAUGGCUUGGUGGCAAGGUUUCGAUGAAACUCGUCUUCUCAUUGCGGCCGAUCCUCCUCUAGCCGGAGACGGCGCCGGACAACUUAUUUCACUUCGCCAUCCUAAAUCCGGGAACACAAUGUGCUGUCUUUUAGUUGAUGGGAUGCUCCAGGAACUUAACUGGUUCAGACAGUCUUACAGUUCUUGGUUUCUUGGAGACUAUGUUUCGGAAGAUGGUGGGUUAUAUACCUCCACUCGAGUUGAUCCUGUUUUCGUUUUGUUACCGAUUUUCGAGGAAGCGAGAAUGAAGAAGAGGGAUGAUCCUGGGAAGUUCAGGCCAUUGGAUGAGAUCGUCUUUGUUGAUGGCUACCCCGGAUAUCAGCAACUCUUGUCCAUUGCGGAGGCUUCUAUGCAAGUAGUUUGUGAUAUCAGAGAAAUUGAUUCCUCCAAAUAUUUUAGGCUUAAUGACUCCAAGGUUUUGGCUUGGUUGUACCACAAGGUAUGCCAUAUAAAAGAGACGCUAUCCAUGUUGGACAGUAAUUAUGCUGCAAGGGAAGAAAAACAUAGAUUGACUGAUGCGGUUUCAAUCUUAAGGGAAUACCUGAAGGAUGAGCCCUGGUUGAAGCUUUUGUGUGACCGUUUAAGGAUAGAGUUACCAGAGGCACCGAAAAACGCACCAGACACUGAAACUCCACCAACUGCCUAUGAAAGUAGCCCAGGGAUUUGGAAUGGCUCGCAGGAAAAGAGCAAGAGUGACAGUAAGGUUACUACCCGAGCGGCUGGAAGGCAAGCUAAAAAGAUCAAACUGGAGACGGAAUCGCAUAACAUCAGAGACAUGUUUACACGGGCUUCAUCAAGAAAGAAGUAAAUCAAUUCGAAACAAAAUACAGUUGUAAAUCCUGAGAUUCGUUCAUUAUGAUCAGAAAACGGUUUACAUUAUCAUUAACAACUAGUAUUCCUGUAGCAUUCAUAAACAUAGCUGCUGCACAUGUAAUGACAGUAAUGUUAUCGACUGUAUGAGUCUGUAUCACUGUUGGUGUCAAAGUCAAGUUCAAUAUCCAC